AUGCCCAACUUCACCACCACGACCGACUCGGACCGCAUGACGGCCAACGGCGGCAUCGUCUGCGGUCUCCCCUCGAUCAUCCUUUUGGGCGACAGGAGCGAUUGGGAAGCCCUCCUCGCCAAGCUCCCAAUCACGGAUGCUUCGCGUCUGCGGCCGAUUUUGACGCGCUUCGUGUCUACCUUUGACGCACCAGACUCGCACGACACGAUCCAGUUCUGGAACGACAUCGUAACGGCUCGGUUGGGGCACCGUGUGUGGUCAACCCUCCUUACUACAUCUCGGGUUGAAUCGCGGGCUUCCACUUUUGGGAUGACAAGGGACGCAACUUUUCCUGGCGCAACGGGGCCCUCAAUGAUUGACAAGAUUACGUACGCAGAGGUUGAUCCGCAUCAAUUGCCCGUCGGGUUCGCCAAGGUCCCCUUUACCAUGCACGACUACCCCAGCCUCGGGUUCAAGACAGAGGCAAUGCUGAUGGCGGGUACACUGGGGAAGAAUACUGUUUCGGGAACCACGGGUGGGUACGCGGCAGGGCUGGAGAGGGGGACAGGAUGA